AUUUAGCUGAUUAUUGAUGCAUUGCAGGUGCUGAAAGUGAUUCAAACGGUGUCCAUCUUAUUUAGAAGUCUAAGUAUCAAAAAUGGUAAUGGAUUUCAAAGAAUUCUUCACUGAAUAUGGUGAGGCCCAUCAAUAUGAAAUCCAAGAGGUCGUUGGCAAGGGAAGCUAUGGUGUUGUUGCAGCAGCAAUUGAUACUCAUACUGGAGAGAAGGUAGCAAUAAAGAAGAUCAAUGAUGUUUUUGAGCACAGCUGUGAAGCCACCCGCAUCCUUAGAGAAAUAAAGCUCCUUCGGUUGCUUCGGCACCCAGAUAUUGUUGAAAUAAAGCAUAUAUUGUUGCCUCCAUGUCCGAGGGAAUUCAAGGAUAUUUAUGUUGUUUUCGAGUUGAUGGAAUGUGACCUUCAGCAUGUAAUUAAAGCAAAUGACAGUCUCACUGCUGAACAUUAUCAAUUCUUUAUGUAUCAGCUUCUUCGAGGUUUAAAAUAUAUGCAUACAGCAAACGUGUUCCAUCGGGAUUUGAAGCCAAAAAACAUUCUAGCAAAUGCAGAUUGCAAGCUGAAAAUUUGUGAUUUUGGGCUUGCUCGGGUAUCACUUGGCGAUAACCCAUCUGCUGUUUUCUGGACUGACUACGUGGCAACUCGCUGGUACCGUGCUCCAGAACUCUGUGGUUCCUUUUUUUCCAAAUAUACCCCAGCAGUUGAUAUCUGGAGUCUAGGAUGUAUAUUUGCAGAAAUGCUUACAGGAAAACCAUUAUUUCCGGGGAAAAAUGCGGUUCACCAAUUGGAUCUCAUAACUGAUUUGCUUGGUACACCGUCCACUGAAGCCAUUUCAAGGAUUAAAAAUGAAAAAGCAAGGAGAUAUUUAAGCAGCAUGAAGAAGAAAGCACCUAUCCCUCUCUCACAGCAAUUCCCACACGUUGAUCCACUAGCUCUAAGAUUACUUGAGCGUUUGAUUGCAUUCGAUCCCAAAGAUCGCCCUUCUGCUGAAGAGGCGCUAGCACAUCCAUAUUUCCGUGGUUUGGCCAACAAGGAACAGGAACCAUCAUCUCAGACUAUCUCAAAAUUCGAAUUCGACUUUGAACGAAGAAAACUUGGGAAAGAGGAUAUUAGGGACCUCAUCUACCGAGAGAUUCUGGAAUAUCACCCUCAGAUGCUGCAGGAGCAUCUUCAUGGCACUGAUCACACUCACUUUAUGUAUCCAAGUGGGGUUGAUUGCUUCAAACAACAAUUUGACCAUCUCGAGGGGCACAGUGGUAGAGGUGGAAGUACUCUCUUUCCAAGACGAUAUGCCUCUUUGCCCAGAGAACGAGUUUGUGCUUCCACAGAUGAGGAAGCUGAUAAGGAUGGUGAAUUUGAAAGGCAUGUUGUGGCUUCUAUGGCUCAGAGAUGCCUUCCAAGCCCCCCGAGUUCCCCUAAGGUCAAGAAACCGGAUACUGCUAAUACAGUUGAAGGUCCUACAGAGGCUGGCCAUAGUACACCAACGAAUACCGAACGCUGCAUGCUAAGAAGUUCUAGUAUUAGUUUUUCCAAAUGUGUUGGGGCCAUAUGGGAUUGCGAGGAUACAACCUGCAAGCCAUAUCAAAACGGGAUUAAUAAAUCAUCGAAGACAGCUUUAUAUGCUUGAACAUUUUUAUUUUGGAUGGAUAAGGAAUUGCUAAAUUUCUGGUAAGUGACAUACUGAUUGCAAUGUAAUUGCUCAUGUACUCGAAAUGGAGUCUUGGUUGGUUGUAUUGUAAACUAUUUAACAGUUUCACUUUGACAUCAUUACUUACAUUAUUUGUUCGAC